AUGGAAAGCACGAAUGGCAACCCGGCCGUUGGAGAACUGGUCGAAAUCGUCAGCCGCUACACUCAUCAGCUACUCUAUGGCUGCAGAAGCCCUGACUGCACUGAGGUAGUCUGCGUCUCGGGAAACACCAACACCAACACCACCACCACCACCCGGAAACCUGUCCGUCGCCACAAGCCGAGAACAGCAAUAGCGACGGCCAUUGGUCUAGCUGGCCAGCAGAAGCCCCAAACCCAUUUCUGCAAGCACAACGCCAGUGACGGAGACAAACUUGUUGCCGAGGACGAGAGCCCUCGUGAUCCGUCAUCGCUCAUCCAGCUCCUUUGCGACACCAAAAGUAUCCAGCAGCUCAUGACCACACCCUUGGAUAUCAAGCUGCUUCCUGACCUCGAAGAGCUUCGCCGCAGACAUGCAUUGCUACGAGGCCUAUUGCAGUCAGCUGGUCAAGUGUCGCCGCUUCCGAGUAACGCCUUCGUCGACAACAGCGCUCUAGCAGACGGACUGGGUGAGGCUUCAAUGCUCUGGCUGAUACAGAGGUUGCCGCCGACGCGACCUGCUCCAUGGAUCAUGAUCAAUAGGGAUGUCAUCAGUAAAGGCCUUGCAUACCCGCAGAAGAAUGAGAGCAUGCCUUCCGACGACAGCUACAAUCGGUGGACAGCAAUACUCGACAUCCUCAACCACGAACCAUAUCUACGGCUCUUUCAAAGUACCAUGACUGUCGUUGGUCGCAGAACCCAUCUGGAGGAAGUGCUUCGCCGUCGGGAUCCAAAGCAUGAACUAUAUCCUAGUGCCGGACGUGCUCCUCUCGCCUGGCUGGUAGCAUCUGCCCUGGGUGCGGUUGGUGGGGAAGAUGCUCGCUAUCGUCUAUUGGUCCCAUUUUCUAUCAUGGUCUGGCUGAAACGGCUGUUCGCCCAGCAGUGGUCUUCUCAGCCAGCAUUUGUGUCUGGAGGCACGAUUCACGGCAUACUCGAGCUUUUCCGGCACUUGCACCACAACAUAUGCCAGGGAUCUUUGCAAAAUACGCCAGGAUGCUUGGUGCCUGAUGAAAUAUUCGAGAUGUCAUUGCUCAAUGCGCAAGUCGAUACACUAAGUAUGGCGAGAUCGUACAUGGACUGGGAUGCGGAAAAUGGAAAUCGACAUCAUGUCAUGGAGUACCCCAUGCUCUUCUCCAUGAAACAGCUCUCUUUGCACUUCCGUGCCAUAUGUCACCUGAUCAUGAAAGAUGCUCACUCGCUCACGGAUGCAGCGGUCAAGCUCAGAGAGCGGAGUGGCGUUCACAUGGAAGAAGACGAGCUCUCCAACCAAGUGCGAUCUUCUGAACAGCCCUAUCUAUUGAUCAGUGUGAGUCGCGACAGGGUUCUUGAAGACACCUGGACACAGCUAUGGCAGCGACGAAAGAAUGAGCUACGCCGACCACUGCGUGUGCGAUUGGGUGAAGCUAGCGAGUUGCUUGAAGUUGGACAAGAUCUCGGAGGGGUGCAGAUUGAAUUCUUCAAUUUGGUUUGUCGGGAAGUUUCUGCUGUGCAGACGCAGAUGUUCAUUACUGAUACUGAAAGUGGAAUCAGCUACUUCAGGCCUGGCAGUCUACAGCCACUCUACAUGUUCGAAUUGUUUGGUCUGGUCGUGGCCCUAGCACUAUACAACGGCAUCGCACUCCCGGUCAGGCUUCCAAAGGUGCUUUACAUGCUGCUAUCGCAUCCGAAGGAUGCUGGGGAUUCUCCCCUCAAAACCGUCGACGUGCGACUCCAAGAUCUUGACGACAGAUGGUCGCACGAGGUCCAGUCACUACAAAGCAUCAUGCAUGGCGACGUGGGAUAUCUGGACUACUCGUUUCCGUUCGAGGCAAACGGGCUACAGAUGAGCGUACGGUACCCAGAUCUACUACGAAAACAAGAUGGCAAGCACAGAAUUCAGGUCUCGGACAUGACGCUCAUCGAUGGUGGUCAACCAGCAAAUAAGGAUUGCGAUCCUUCGCGUCUGGACUGGCCAGGCUGGCUUGUGAGUGAUAUGGGUCAAGCCGAAGAUGUCACCAGUGGAAACAAAGCUCAAUACGUGAAACAAUACAAGCUCCACCUGCACUACGGCUCAGUGGCUCCCCAGGUAGACGCCUUCAUCCGAGGUUUUUACAACUCCGGCCUGAUCCCUCCAAAAGCCCUGAAAAUCUUCCAACCGCAUCAACUCAAAGUCCACCUCGAGGGUAGCGACCAUCUCGACAUCGACGACCUCAGAGCCGCCACACGAUACGACGGCUACGACGCAAAGUCAAAGUACAUCCAAACGUUCUGGCGCGUGGUCUCGGCGUGGCCGCAAAAGAAGCAGAAGCGGCUGCUCAAGUUUGUCACGGCUGCUGAGCGUAUCCCGAUCACGGGGGCGAGCCAGCUUACGUUCGUGAUCAAGAGACUCCCUGGGUCUGGGAAUUUGGAGACGUUGCCGACUAGCUCGACUUGCUUUGGGACGUUGACUUUGCCUAAGUAUCCAAGCGCAGAGAUUCUGGGGCAGAAGUUGAGUUUGGCGUUGCAGUAUGCUGGUGAAGGGUUUGGGAACAGUUGA